UUCACAGCAUCCGUCGCACGAUUAGGAAAAAGUGCGGGUCGACGCCGGAAGGCCGAAAAAUCCAUGGCGGGAAUGGUCGGCGUUGGCGCCACCAGUUCCCGCCUCCUCCUCCCCCUAUUUACCAGGCGCACCCCCCUCCGCCUCGCAACCCACCCCAACCUCCCCCACCGCCGAACCCUCGCAGGCGCAGCGACGACGACGAUGGCCGCCACCAACGGCGCCGCCGCGGCCGACCCUGUGCACGAACAGCCCAAGGCGGCGGCGGCGGAGGCGCAGCCAACGCCGCAGAUGCUGCUCAAGGUGAAGCGGCUGUCGGCCAGCGCCGUGCUGCCGUCGCGCGGCUCCGCGCUGGCGGCCGGCUACGACCUGUCCAGCGCGGUGGGCGUGACGGUGCCGGCCCGCGGCAAGGCGCUCGUCGCCACCGACCUCAGCGUCGCCGUCCCGCACGGCACCUACGCGCGCAUCGCGCCGCGGUCGGGGCUGGCUUGGAAGCACGCGAUCGACGUGGGGGCCGGCGUGGUGGACGCCGACUACCGGGGCCCCGUCGGCGUCGUCCUCUUCAACCACUCCGACGCCGACUUCGCCGUCAAGCCCGGGGACCGCGUCGCGCAGCUGGUCCUCGAGAGGAUCGCCACGCCGGACGUCGCCGAGGUGGACGACCUCGACGCCACCGUCAGGGGCGACGGCGGCUUCGGCUCCACCGGCGUCUGAUGGCUGGGCCUCCAUGGAACACUGGUGCAUGGCGAGAGAGCUGCUGGGGUGGAGGCGACCCGUGUCUAUGUGUUCCAACGGGAACCACUAUCAUUUCUCAACUUUUCAUGUUAGCCAUGGUAGGAUGUAGUAAGUAUGCAGUCAAUUUCUCUUGGAUGGUUUGGAUGAUGGUUAUGGGCGAAAGAACUCGAUUGUUACCGUGCUUCAUGUUCUUCUGAAUUUUAACCAUGGAGAUUUCUGGA